AACUGUGCUUGGGGCGGGGCCUGGCGUGUAUUCGAAACGAAGGCGCCUGCUGAGAGAAGAUGGCGGCUCAGCCACGGCGGCGUCGCUCGCCUUGCGUAACGCCGCCCCGGGGUGACUUUUGUGAUGGCACUGAGAGGGCGAUUGACGAAGCUUCUUUUACGACCUCCAUGGAGUGGGAUACACAGGUGGUGAAGGGGUCCUCGCCGCUCGGCCCCGCAGGGCUGGGGGCUGAGGAGCCGGCAGCCGUCUCGCAGCUGCCGUCUUGGCUGCAGCCUGAGAGGUGCGCUGUUUUCCAGUGCGCACAGUGCCACGCAGUGCUCGCCGACUCGGUGCACCUCGCCUGGGACCUGUCGCGGUCCCUUGGGGCCGUGGUCUUCUCCAGAGUUACAAAUAACGUCGUUUUGGAAGCGCCCUUCCUAGUUGGCAUUGAAGGUUCACUCAAAGGCAGUACUUAUAACCUUUUAUUCUGUGGUUCCUGUGGGAUUCCCAUUGGUUUCCAUCUAUAUUCUACCCAUGCUGCCCUGGCUGCCUUGAGAGGUCACUUCUGCCUUUCCAGUGACAAAAUGGUGUGCUAUCUCUUAAAAACAAAAGCCAUAGUAAAUGCAUCAGAGAUGGAUAUUCACAAUGUAUCUCUAUCAGAAAAGAUUGCAGAGCUGAAAGAGAAGAUAGUGCUAACGCACACUCGCUUAAAAUCACUAAUGAAGAUUCUGAGUGAAGUGACUCCUGACCAGUCCAAGCCGGAAAACUGAUCCUGUACCAAGGCUUGAGUGUCAGGUUCAGGCUUUAUUGCUGUCUUCAACAACAAGUGCUGCUUAGUCAUUUCUCAAAAAGACUGGCUUUGGGAAAUGCAGUUUCUAUUUACCGUUAGGCUGAUUGUCCAAAUGAUUUGUGAAGCUGUUUUUAGAAGAUGAGAAACUAAGGAUUCUUCUGUUUUAUAGCUAUUUGCCUUAAGAACUUAUUUUAGAUUCUGAUUGAAUUCAUAAUACUUAUUUCUGAAGAUGUCUUUGACUGUAAAUUUAGGAAUUAAGAUGCAAAGUCCCAUGUGUCCUCUGAUCUAAAGUUGCAUGGUUGGUCUGAAAAUAGAGUUGGGCUUAAUGUUGACUUCUAGUACUCCUGCAUGGAGCAGUUGUUAUGAAUAUUAAUAAAUCUUUUUUUAACUUAUGUAAAAUACAGAUCAUAAUAUUCCAUAGGUAAUGUUUAAUAAAUUGCCUGAAUAAUAUACAA